AAGGCUCAAACGCUGCUUUCUCUUUGUUCUACAGUCGUGGAGAAAAAUGAAGCUCCGCAAAUUCUUGUACAGGAGAAAAAUGACAGUCCAGCUGCUCUGUCUUCACCGUCGUUUUCGAAAGAAGUACUAGAUGAGGGCUUAGACUUGGCGGACAAAGAGGAGGAACGUCGACGUCAACUUCUUAUUAAGAAUAAGCAAGCAAAUGCAAAGUCCACCUUUUAUACAACAGGAGCUUCUUGUUCUAAAAAAUAUCCACGACUACAACAACAAUCUGCCGUACUACAACCAGAAGCCGCAGUGCAACCACGUGAGAAGUUAAAGUAUCGCAAAUUGAAGCAAGCACCUUUGAGUCCCAACGGGUGGGAGAUUUAUGUGCCGGAAACGCAACAAUCAGCUUCACGUCCGGGUCCACAGCCACAUCGGACCCCUUUCGAAAACGAACAAAUCGGCGGUAGCUCAAGUUCCACCGCUAGAAGGCAGAAAACUUCGUCACCUUCGGUUAAGGCUACUAAUGAUCAAUGGGUGGAUGCCUCAUCUCACUCCAUCAAGUGGCUUUGGUUUUCAUCUCAGUAUUUUUUACCAUCUAUGACGCCCUUAAGGUAGUCUGCACUGAACUUUGCGCGAGAUUGUCUUGUAUUGUAUUGUAUUGUAUUGUAUUGUAUCUCCAUCAAGUGGCUUUGGUUUUCAUCUCAGUAUUUUUGCCGUCCCGGUGUAGGUUUUCGGAAAAACUGAAGGUGAGCUUUGUUGUUGAGACGAGCUAUGACCUUAUGCAUAGAUACUUCGAGAACUCCAAGUCCUGGUGUCCUCUAAUUCUCUCUAUUUGCCGAGUACAGGAGGACUCCUUGCGCCACUGGAAAGCGAGCAUUUGAAACGGCUUCUCGAACACGGCCUGACACCAUUUCAGGAGCCUGACUUGAUUUCAAAUAUUGCCGAGCUGGCGAAAAGUAUUCUUCUCAAACGCAAAGAGGUCCUUAGCAUCAAGAAAGGAGCUUUGUCCCGAGAAUUUGGAUGUGGGCUGUUGUCUCCACUAGACCGAAAAGAGCUCUUCGACACGUACAUGCGGUUGGCUGCUGAUUUUCAUCGGGUACUGUCGACUCGCAUGAAUUCAGAGUUCUUCGAAGGCGCACUACCAAUCCCUGGUCCUCUGCGGCUGCGGUACCGGAACAGAAACGAUGCUGGUUAAGGCGUGUACUGCGUGAUAUUGAUGAGAUCACUAAAAUAUGCGGAUUUUUGGCUUUGCAAGUAGUUGGUCUCUUUUGUAAGUUCUCUUGGCUAUUGUCUUCUGUUCUGCUCCAGCUGUAGAGGGGGUGUUCGAGGUUUGCUUCUGCGUUCUAGUUUUUAUUUUUUCUGCUACUCGCUUAUUUCAGUUUUUCGAGUACAUUUUUCCUAGACGAGUAGUCUCCUCCUAAGAACUAGAACACAUACAACUACUCUAUUAUACGGAAUGACUUAGAAGAUGUACUUCCAUGUUGUACUAGUAGAUGUAAGUUGUCAAGUUCGAUUAUGAUUAUCAUGGAUGACGUUCAAGUUUACCAUCAUCCUUUACAUACAUAGUGGAAUAAUUCUGCGUCGAAAAAACAUGAACUACUUUACAAGUACUUUCAUUAUUAUUCAUACAAUACGGUCUUCCACCCAUUCUAACCCCUCUUUCGCCUUGAACCUUGAACCAUGUUCUAACCGCUCUUUCGCCUUCGCAGUUAAAGGAUUAUAGUUUUUCAUCUAAGUUAGCAGUGUCUUAUGUUGUUGCCAUUCAGAUGCUUUCCUUACGGUACCAAUACGACAUCCCACUCUAACCUCUCUUUCGCCUUCGCAGUUCUUUGGCGGAAAAGGUAGUGGAUAAAUGUGCGGAAAUUCUUACUGAGUUGCUUGGCCAGAACACGAUGGAGGAUUUCUUAGGGUAUGCUUUGCUUCACGGGAUGAACGCUGCAGGGAAAUUGUCGGCAAGGAACUCAAAGUUAUGUUGUCGGCAAAUCGGCAAAUCGCGAAGUAGUUUGAAGGACGACAUUCAUGAUAAAAAAGGAUGGAAUGAAUGAAUGGUAGACUAGAAGCACUACUAAGGAUGCGAAUGAAUGAAUGAAUUUCUUCUGGAAGAGGAUUCAUUAAAUGACUACUCUAACAAAAGGAAGCAAAAAUAAAGAGCCCAAGCCGGAGGUUCCAAAAUUUUUUGAUUACUACUACUGUCACGCGGCGUGGAUGCUAGGAGGCACGCCAUUCCGCCGCACACGAAGAGAACAGCAGGGAACUGCUGCAGGGAAACGUACCCGAUUAAGUUAAAUCCCGAUCACUACAGAUUACAGAUUUUCAUUUUUUUAUGCUUGAUCCUUAGCGUGUUCUUGGUGUCCCCUCCUCCUGAUUUAGUUUCUGGUCGAUGUUACCUUCGUGUACAGCGCUGGCGCACUUUAUGCUUGAUCUCCUCUCUAGUUAUGGGUUGAAACAUUUCAUUUUUACAAGCCUUCUCUACUUGAGAUUGGUACUUCGUGUACAGCGCUGGCGCACUUUAUGCUUGAUCUCCUCUCUAGGACUUUCUUGAUCCUUAGCGUGUUGGUCCUUCACCCUCUCCUGUUUUAGCUAGAUUGUUUCUUCAUGUUCAUCCUCUCCUCUCUACUGAACAGGAACUUUGUCCACUGGAGGGAGCUUUUUUGCGGCUCAGAUGUUAAAGUUCCGGUCUUACGGGGAAAACGUGUGGAACGACGACUGCAAAAAUAGAGCACCCAACCUAGUCUGGCAAUAUUGGAAAGAUCAGAUGGCCAUACCUCGCAAUCACCUGUCAAGUUACGAAGUAGAUGAUUUUUAGUGGAGUCUGAUUUAUAAGACAGAGCAGCAGUACUUCAGAAAAUUGUCUGAGUUUUAGUGGAGUCUGAUUUGUAAGACAGAGCGGCAGUACUUCAGAAAAUUGUAUGAUUUUUAGUGGAGUCUGAUUUAUAUGACAGAGCAGCAGUUGUACUUCAGAAAAUUGUAUGAUUUUUAGUGGAGUCUGAUUUGUAAGACAGAGCAGCAGUACUUCAGAAAAUUGUCUGAGUUUUAGUGGAGUCUGAUUUGUAAGACAGAGCGGCAGUACUUCAGAAAAUUGUAUGAUUUUUAGUGGAGUCUGAUUUAUAUGACAGAGCAGCAGUUGUACUUCAGAAAAUUGUAUGAUUUUUAGUGGAGUCUGAUUUAUAUGACAGAGCAGCAGUUGUACUUCAGAAAAUUGUAUGAUUUUUAGUGGAGUCUGAUUUAUAUGACAGAGCAGCAGUUGUACUUCAGAAAAUUGUAUGAUUUUUAGUGGAGUCUGAUUUAUAUGACAGAGCAGCAGUUGUACUUCAGAAAAUUGUAUGAUUUUUAGUGGAGUCUGAUUUGUAAGACAGAGCAGAAUUGUAAGUACUCGUCCUAUUGAUUCUUCUAAGCAAAGCAAGACCGCUACCUGUUAUCCAAGGACAUGCAGCACCACCAAGGAGGGGAAUCUCGAGGAGAGCGAAUCUCCAAAGACACGGCUGAUCUAGUAAAGAAGAUCUGCCAAGACCCGAACGAGCCCGAUGCUAGUGACGAAGAUAUUGAUGUCGGGGGCGCUCAGCUAUUAAUCAUGCCGAAGAGAGAGCACGUAGGAGAGCAAGAUGAGGAGGAGCUUGAAAGAAGACGCAAUUUUGAAGAGACAAGGGCGGAGCAGGAGGCAAAAGCGAUAGCGCUUCUCUGCGAGCUAGAUUCUCGAGAAUUUUUCAAUGGCUCCCUUUCGCGUCUCCUGCAACAGCUCUUGUUCAGUCUGCGAUGUUUCAAAGGAGUCGUGAGCGAACUACUCGCUGUGGACAGCACAACGGCAAUGCCACAAACAGGACACGGAUGUACUAGUUCAUCAAGUCGCCAAAUUCACAAUCUCAUAACAACUAUCGAGAUGAUCCCGCCGCUUGCUACCAUGCUGGAGCACGCGCGAAGGGAGUACACGGAACGAAUCAGAAACGGUGCCAGUCCACCUCUUGCAGGAGUAGUAACUAUGUGGAGUCCACCUGCUGCGAGUGGUGUUUUCAUUUCGCCGGACUUAGCAGCUGUCUCCAGGACUACUCUACUCGCGCAUGCCCAGCAAAAGAAUCCUUCGAUGCACGGAAUCAACUACAUGCAUGGACAGGAUGGAAGAAAUUUCGUAUCCUUACCACCUUAUUCAUCGGAGCUGCAAUCUCCUUCAAUAAAUGCACUGGCUGCAGGGAAUCCAUCUUCCACCUGUACACAAGAAAAUGAUGUUCUUCUUCUCCAGCCACAACAACAUCUUCUACUGCCACAGAAUAGAGGACAUGGUGUCCGCACCGCAGUAGGAGGAAUGUCCUCGUCGUCAGCAUUGGUGGCGGAACAUUCUGCUUCACUUCUCGCAGACACAAGCGGCAUGCUCAUAAAUUAUGAUCCAAACGCGCGAAAACGGCGAGCUGAAGCUCGCAAGUCCGCGAGAAACUCUACUGGGUCGAAUCCGAAUGUCCUUCACAUGCCAGCGGAGAUGUUCAGUCCGCCAGCGGAGAAGAGAAUUGGAUUAUGGCCAGAAAUUUUUUUGGAAAUCUCCAAAUGAAAGUGUUGCUAUAAGUUGAUCGAGUACACGUGUGGGUCUACUGAUUUAAUUAAAAGUUGUAACCCAGAUUUAUGUGAUCUUUUUGCUCUUCUUCUUGAUGAUUGCCUAUGAGUUGUAUUUCGCUCUAACUUUCAGUUCAGGCGCGGUAGCACCUGUUCCCAAAGCCAGGGGAAGGCCAAAGGCAAAAGCGGCGCAAGCCAAGAAGCAGCCGAGUGCGAAAGGCAAGUCGAAGGGUUUAGCAGUGAGAAAGAGCACCGCACCAAAGUCUAAGUCCCAGAACGGGAAGAAGAAAAAGAACAAAAAGUCUUCGCUAGUGGACGACGAGGAUAGCGAAGAUUCGGAUGUUGUACUUCUAGAUGACGCUGUUGAGGAAGACGACGAUGAUCUUUACAUACCGCGGACAUCUAAGCAGCAGCAGCCGCAGCCAUACCUGCUUGCGGCACAACGCAGGACUCGGAGGGGUUUAGCAGUGAGAAAGAGCACCGCACCAAAGUCUAAGUCCCAGAACGGGAAGAAGAAAAAGAACAAAAAGUCUUCGCUAGUGGACGACGAGGAUAGCGAAGAUUCGGAUGUUGUACUUCUAGAUGACGCUGUUGAGGAAGACGACGAUGAUCUUUACAUACCGCGGACAUCGAAGCAGCAGCAGCCGCAGCCAUACCUGCUUGCGGCACAACGCAGGACUCGGAGGGGUUUAGCAGUGAGAAAGAGCACCGCACCAAAGUCUAAGUCCCAGAACGGGAAGAAGAAAAAGAACAAAAAGUCUUCGCUAGUGGACGACGAGGAUAGCGAAGAUUCGGAUGUUGUACUUCUAGAUGACGCUGUUGAGGAAGACGACGAUGAUCUUUACAUACCGCGGACAUCGAAGCAGCAGCAGCCGCAGCCAUACCUGCUUGCGGCACAACGCAGGACUCGGAGGGGUUUAGCAGUGAGAAAGAGCACCGCACCAAAGUCUAAGUCCCAGAACGGGAAGAAGAAAAAGAACAAAAAGUCUUCGCUAGUGGACGACGAGGAUAGCGAAGAUUCGGAUGUUGUACUUCUAGAUGACGCUGUUGAGGAAGACGACGAUGAUCUUUACAUACCGCGGACAUCGAAGCAGCAGCAGCCGCAGCCAUACCUGCUUGCGGCACAACGCAGGACUCGGAGGGGUUUAGCAGUGAGAAAGAGCACCGCACCAAAGUCUAAGUCCCAGAACGGGAAGAAGAAAAAGAACAAAAAGUCUUCGCUAGUGGACGACGAGGAUAGCGAAGAUUCGGAUGUUGUACUUCUAGAUGACGCUGUUGAGGAAGACGACGAUGAUCUUUACAUACCGCGGACAUCGAAGCAGCAGCAGCCGCAGCCAUACCUGCUUGCGGCACAACGCAGGACUCGGAGGGGUUUAGCAGUGAGAAAGAGCACCGCACCAAAGUCUAAGUCCCAGAACGGGAAGAAGAAAAAGAACAAAAAGUCUUCGCUAGUGGACGACGAGGAUAGCGAAGAUUCGGAUGUUGUACUUCUAGAUGACGCUGUUGAGGAAGACGACGAUGAUCUUUACAUACCGCGGACAUCAAAGCAGCAGCAGCCGUCCAAGAACGGGAAGAAGAAAAAGAACAAAGUUGAGGAAGACGACGAUGAUCUUUACUUAAGGCUCAACUUUCAAUGGUCAUGGGGGUUGGUCACUGAGAUCGAAGAGGCGACCCCUUCGUGAGAGAACCAACAGGGGAAGUAAACGAAGGGACGAAAGGGGAGAGCUUUGAAGGGGGUCUCUUGUUCCGUUCCGAGUCAGUGGCCAGCGAAUGCUGCGCUUUAAUCUACAUACCGCGGAAGGAUUUAGCAGUGAGAAAGAGCACCGCACCAAAGUC